AUAAGACGAUUAGAUUUACUAAAGUUAAAAGUAGUAAGAAUAACUAGAAUAAUGUUUAGUAGGAGCAAUAAUUAGCACAUACACUUAAACUUAAAAUAAUUAGAAAUACAAAAUAGGCCUAAUUAGCAAAACAGUAUUUAAAAUGCAACUAAAAUCAAUCCUUGCACAUUUUUAAACAUUAUGUAUUAAAAAUAAUAUGGCGGCAAAUAAAUGAUGGUUUACAGUAUUUCCGGUGGUUUCCGGAACGGCUCGACAGACUACGCCAUGGUUUUCCUGUUUUUUACUGCUGUACAGUUCCGGAAUAAUAACCGACGCUAUAUCGUGAUUUUACCCAUACUUCACCCAUUGGCAUUGCCAUGAAUAUCUUAAAAUGGUACACAAACAUAGCACAUUCAAUAUUCCAAAUUUGGAUUUUUCUUAAGUUUUGACUGAAGUAAAUUAUCAAAAACUAAAACAAAACUUCAUAAAGAAAUAAGCCCAAUGUUUUCCUAAUGUGUUUGUGUGUUUUGGUUGUGUUUAUAAUAAAAUACGCUCAACUGGAGGUGAACGUGAACCGGGGAAUAAAAUACGCUAAAAUGGAGUUUUACCCUGGCCUAACAUAACUGUUGAAAACUACUCAUAGUAGUAGCCUUGGCUUGGGGUAUGUGAAGAACUCGCUUAGACUUACGGCUCGGUAAUCUCCGGAUAUAAUAAAGUGUCAGUUAUUAACAUUAAAAUUUCAAACAAGGUCGUAGUCCAUCACGCCACUUCUGGAAUCCACACUGAGUAGUGAAAACCAUUUUUGAUGUUGCUUGCCACAGAGGUGCAUGUUCAGCAAACGUGAGAGUGCCGCUGUAUGAAGACAUGGAGGGGACAACCACAAAAGCUGAGGCUAGUGGUGCCAAAUUCAAGAAUCACUUCUUUGCUGCUGAGACUGAUUCCAACACCCGCCCAAAAAUACAUGCCAGUGAAAGUGAAAGAGGGACCAUAAAGUUUUCACUUAAACCAGCCAAGUAUGGAGUUAAGAAACAACCACCAGCUGUUAAUACAGUAACAGAAAAAACAAGCAUUCAUGUAGCCAGUGCAGUAAGUUAUGUGCGUUCUGUUGCUUCUGAAAUGAGUGUUAUUUCUGAACAAAAGACUAGGAUUGUUGACGGUCCAGGGCUAAAGAAAAGCCACACAUCUGAUAAGGCAUACAGCAGUUCAUUUUCCAGCUCUAAAUGGAAGCAAACAACUGUUGAGAAAAAGGGCUCCUCACCGAUAAAAACAACAGAAGUGACCAAAGAUUUGUCUGAAAACUAUAUAAGCUCUUCGUCACCUGUUAAGGCCAGUAAUAAAAAUCGAGAUCAGUAUCAUGUUUCUGAGAUUGGUGUUACCUCUGAGAAAAGUCUUGCUGAUGGCCCUAAACACCAACAACAUGACAGACCAAAAAGGUCCAGAUCUUUUUUUAGCCCCGAUGAAAAAUCUGUCAGUCAAAAGAAGCAUGUUAUAGAGAGAUCAGAUCAGUAUGUGUCUACAAACUAUCACAGGAGUUUGUUUAAACAAACUGAGGCAACGUACACAUCAGCAAGUGAAACUUUGCAAUCUACUUCAGAAAACUGUGAGGGGUUAUAUAAUUACUCUAACCAAGGGGAAAGAACAUUGAAUACAUCUGAAUCAUCAAGAAAUACUUGGCAGUAUUCAGAGCAUGUUCAGAACAAUGAUGAUUUUAAAAUCUCAGAAGGAAAUAAUCCCAUUUCUGACAGAGAGCAUGAUAAGAAGAAAAAAAAGAGGCGUACAAAGCCACCUAAAGGUAAGAUAAACCCCUGCAUAGAUGGUAUGUCAGCAGCUGACAUAAGAGACUAUGUCAGCUGUAAUGCUAUUAGUUAUGGUUCGGAGUUUGUAGAUUAUCGCUCUACUGGUGAAUUCGCAAAUGCCAUACCAGUAUCUCAGUUUUAUGCUGGGUACCAGAAUUCUGGAGAUAAUGAAACAACCUCUCUAGUUGGUGGUGAUUUUGAAACAUCUCCACAUCAGCAUAGUGAUAGUGUUAUCUUAUCUUAUAAUGAUGAUGAUGUAACCAGUAGCCAGAAUACUGGAUUAAAUCAAAUGUUGUCAGGAAACAAUGAAAAAGUCUAUGAGAAUUCUUUUCAUAACAUGGAAGAACAGAAUAGUGUUCUAAACAUGGUCCCACAACAGGGUGAUAAGCCUCUUCAACACCAACAGCAUUUUAAAACUCAGAAAUCUUAUCAGCAGCAGCGACCUUUUCAGCCGCAGCCGCUUCUUCAACCACAGAAAUCAUUUCAAAAUCAGCCGUCUUUUCAACAUCAGAAAUCUUAUCAACAGCAACAACCUGGUCAGCAACAGCAGGAUAUACACCAGCAACUUGUUAAAUAUCUGCAGUCUCUUCAAAGUCCGCAGCCACGUCAACCCCAGCCACUUCUUCAAAAUCAAAGACAGCAGCAACAAAUUAAUCAACAGGCUGCUCAACUUCUGCAACUUUGUCAACAACAGCUGCAGCCUACUAAACUGCAGCAGCAUGUUAGUAAUCAGCAGGCAAUGCGUCAUUUGCGUGGUCAGCAUCAGCAAACUGUUAAUUAUCAACAGUCUAUGCAGCAUCGACCACCUGUCCAACAUCAACAACCACCUGUUCAGCAUUCAUUGGGCAAUGUCAAUAAUAAUUUAAAAAAUUUCCAGCAACAAAUCGUUUCACUAUGUGCUGCAUCGCUGCUGCGUGCCUCCAUGUUACAUUCCCCUGGGGCCUCGUCUAGUGUCCCACAGCGGCCAUCAUUACCAAAAUAUGGGUACACGAACACCAAUCAACAGACUGCAACCAACCAACAUCUGAACCUCCCCAGAACUGGCCAGUCUGUGAAUAAUGUCAGUCAGUUGUUACUUCAAAGUGUGUUAGGUGCCACUCAGAGGACAGGACCAAGACAGCAAUUCUCUCCCUUUAACCGCCAAAUUCCUUCUCUUCUGCAAGGUCUGGACAAUGCCAAUUGUUUUAGCAAUCAAACCUCUGGGCUAUUGACCAGCCAGAACCAGAGCUUCCAUAGCACAUCGCCUGUAAACGCAAGUAAAUCACCAGACCCUACUGUGUCAGAAGUAGACAAUACGUCAGAGCUGACUCACAGGAAAUGGGAAUAUGUUGGUAGUCAGGACAGCUCUAGGACAGGCAUGGAGUUCACUGUCAUGACCUACAACAUCCUGUCCCAGGAACUGCUGGUUCAGCACCCCUACCUGUACAGAGAGUGUAGAGAGAGAGACAUCGACUGGGCCAACAGGUGUUCUCUGUUGAUACGCCAGAUUCUCACACAUAAUGCUGAUAUCAUUUGCUUACAAGAAGUGCAGGAGGACCACUGGCAUCACGACAUUCUGCGACCCCUGGUCAAAAAUGGGUACAAAGGUGUGUAUAAGAAAAAAGUGGAUGACAAAGUGGACGGCUGUGCGAUACUAUACAAGCAUUCCAAGUUCCGUCAGCUAAACUUCAUUCCAGUGGAGUUCAAGCGUGGUGGGAUACUUGACAGGGACAACGUUGGCAUCAUCCUGCUGCUCCAACCCCUGCAGGCAGGCAGAACCUGCCAGAAAAUCUGCGUGGCCACCACACACCUUCUCUUUAACCCCAGGAGAGGGGACGUUAAGCUAGCCCAGCUGAUGGUGUUCUUGGCGGAGAUUGAUAAGUAUGCACAUGAAACACAUAAAAAACUUGAUAAGCCAGGCACUCAUUCUGGAUCUGCAUCAACAAGUCAACCAGAGGCUUUAAACUACUGCCCCAUCAUCCUUUGUGGGGAUUUCAACUCAACGCCGGCCAGCGAUCUCUACGACCUAAUCAUCCGGGGCCACCUGAAGUACGAAGGGUUGGCAUCCAGGUCUGUCUGCGGUCAGGAGGAAGGAGCGGAGGGUGGAAGGGGGGCCAUGCUACGUAAAGCCUUGCUGCCCCAGGAACUUGAUAUCACCCAGGGUUGUCAGUACAUGUCGGUGGUCAAAGAAAGAUCCCUGGAGGCGGAGAUACACCCAGAGCGCUUGAAGGUGAACUCAGGGGAAAUAUUCCACAAGAUGAACUUCAUCUCAGUGUACCCACACCAUAGGUCAAACCGUGAUGAGAUCACUACUUACCACAGCAAGUCAUCAGCUGUUGUGGACUACAUAUUUUACUCGAAUCAGAACAUGGAGCAAGUAGAAAAGGUUGACGAUGGUGGGGGUCAUAGGUUACCUGCUGCCCCUGAGCCCUUGACUCUGCUGGCCAGGUACAAGUUGAUGAAUUACAAGCAUGUGCGAAGAAUUGGGUUUUUCCCAAACUCUAUUUUCCCUUCUGACCACUUGUGCCUUAUUGCCAGAUUUCUACUUAGAACUUUUAUUUACUUGUGAUCAGUUACUUCUCUAUAGUAAUUGCAGAAGGAUGUGUUAAUGGUGAUUAAUUUUGUGAUGGUACAACUACCAGAGAUUCUACAAUAGUACUAAUUUUGUAAAUAUGGGAGACAUUUGUUUUUAGUUUGCAUUCUUUGUUAUAGAGCUUCCUUAAAAUAUUUAUCCAAAUGUUUUCUAUGAGCUGUGGUGUGAAACGUUGACAAUCUAUGCAAUUUUAUCAAAACAUUCAGAAGGGGUGGCUUCUGGUUUAUACAUGUCACCUGUACAGGGUUCCUACUUAUCACAUUACACAUGUAUUUUUAAGGUUGGCUUUUCUGAGUGUAAUGAAUGGUUUGAUUUGUAUAUAUAGUUGAUAGAAUGUGUACAGACCCUUGUUUUCUGAUGAUUGUAUUUGGAACUUAUUUUAUGCGUAUAAGAUGUUGGUAGUUAUGUAUUUGGAACAUAUUUUAUAUGUAUAAGAUGUUAGUAGUAUGCAUACAGGGCUUCGUUUCUGGAAAUGUCAAGUACAUGAUAUAUAUAUCAUCCCGAUAGUAUGUGCUUCUUGACUAAAUGUGUUUUGAAUGUAUAUAUGCUUAUGAUGUUGAUAGUAUGUGAAUGGGGGACAUACUAGAUACAUAUAUCAUUGUGAUGGUAAUGGUUAGUGUAUAGGGCAUCCUACUGGGUGUUUAUGGUGGACAUACUAGAUACAUACAUCAUGCUGAUGGUGUGUGUGUAUACGGUAUCCUAACUGGGUGUGUUUGGAACAUUUAUGUAAUAGCUGGUGUACUUGAGUCACAUAAUUUGUGUACAACAAAUGUAUGGCCAUUGAACUCAGUUGUCAGCUAAUACACCACAUUCAUCCCUUUUCAUUUGAUUUUAUUGUAUUUCAUAUUAAAAAUAUUUGGACAAAUGACACUAAAAAACAGAUAAUUGAUUUCAUGACUUUUUGAAUUUUUGAUAAAGUGCUUCUAACAGAUCUUUGAUUUCAUGACUUUAACAAGCACUUCUAUAAUGUUUAAAUAAUUUUUAAUAACAAUGUUUAAAAUGUAAUUUCUAUCAUAAAAAUUAUUAGAACGAAAUUUAAAAUAAACCGCUUCUAUCAAAACAUGCUUUGACUAUCAGAGCUAAUGUAUAAAAUGGCUGUGUACAUAGAGGAGGUUGCUGUCCCUGAUUGAACCUGUUGAAGAAAGUGUUGACUUUAUUUUUACUAUUGCUGUUUAUUUUUUCUUUUAAUAAAAGUUAAGAACUGUUACAUGAAGGUUGGCUGGCAGCUGUAUCAGAUAAU